AUGGAUCAAAGUCAAGGACGAGGAGACGAGUGGGAUCAGUGUUAUGUUCUAUAUUUUCCUCUAUCUCUUUAUCACCCAAACCGAAUCCUCUUAGUUACAGUUCAUCACAUGCUGUAUCCUAUAACAGUGGAUGUGCUGUUCCAAGUGUUUUCUCCCCAUGGAUCUGUGGAAAAGAUUGUAACAUUUCAGAAGUCAGCUGGCUUUCAAGCUCUCAUCCAGUUUCAAUCACGUCAGAGUGCUGUUAAUGCAAGAACUACACUUCAGGGGCGCAAUGUUUAUGAUGGUUGCUGUCAGCUGGACAUUCAGUUCUCAAACCUUGAUGAAUUACAAGUGAACUACAAUAAUGACCGUUCAAGGGACUUCACAAACCCAAAUCUCCCUACCGAGCAGAAGGGCAGACCUUCACUACCUGGAUAUGGUGAUGGAGGAAAUAUGUAUGCUGCUCAAGGUUCUGGAGGCAGGGCAGUUGGAUUUCCACAGAUGGCAAAUGCUGCAGCGAUUGCAGCUGUCUUCGGGGGAGGUUUGCCUCCUGGAAUAACUGGGACAAACGACAGGUGUACAGUUCUUGUAUCAAAUCUUAAUUCUGAUCGAAUUGAUGAGGAUAAACUAUUCAACUUGUUCUCUUUUUAUGGGAAUAUUGUGAGAAUUAAACUUCUCCGAAAUAAACCAGAUCAUGCACUUAUCCAGAUGGGUAAUGGUUUUCAAGCUGAAUUGGCUGUACACUUUCUGAAGGGAGCCGUGUUGUUUGAGAAACAAUUAGAGGUCAACUUCUCCAAGCAUCCAAACAUAAUCCAAGGUGCUGAAACACAUGAAUAUGUCAGUUCAAAUCUCAACCGUUUCAACCGUAAUGCAGCCAAAAACUACCGGUAUUGCUGCUCCCCAACAAAGAUUAUCCAUUUGUCCACACUCCCACAAGACAUCACUGAGGAGGAGAUUGUGAGCCUUGUAGAGGAGCAUGGAACCAUUCUCAACAGCAAAAUCUUUGAGAUGAAUGGGAAAAAACAGGCUCUGGUUCAGUUUGAGAAUGAGGAGCAGGCUACUGAAGCCCUUGUGUGCAAGCAUGCCAGCACACUUUCUGGCUCAAAGUUCUCUCGCUUGCAACGCAGGCAAGCAGGUGUGAACGGGGAAAGUUGCAGCGUGAAGUCAUAUUUCAAUGAAUUGUUCACGGUUAUCUAUGAGUAG